AUGGAUUCCUUCUUCGGCCUGUUCGAUCCGUCUGACGGUCAAAAUAAGCCGACAAAGAAGAGGUACAAAAAUGAACAAGAGAAAAUUCCAGGGCGCAGGCGCGGGCGCCGCGGGCACAACAAGAAUGAGACGCUGCCGGAAGAAUCGUCCUUCCUCUGCGAACCACAACUGAGCAAUGAAAUCCUGGUUAAGGAUUGUAGUUAUAUAGAAAACUACUUUGAAGCAAAUAAAGAGGAGGACUUAAAAGACGCAGAAAAGAAACCGCGCAGGCGCAACUCCGGAAGAAAAGGUAGAAGAAGAAAAGUGAAAAUCUCUCCAGCCAAAGAUCUCCUACCUGGCAGCUCCUGGGACAGAGAUGACGCUACUUGCAUAGAUCUGGAAGAGCCAGGGCACCUGAACAACAAGCAGCCGGGGCUCGUCAAAGCCGACGAGAGCAUCGGCAAGAACGUGAACAACCUGAACAACUUCGAAAGAGUGUACAAUGUCAUUGACAAGCUGGAGAAGGUCGGGAUCAAGGACAAUAUGUAUCUGACGGGUGACUUCGACGACGACAAGUGGGAGAGCGACUUCUUCUACAGCGAUGACGACAUGGAGGAUUUUAGAGAUGAUAGCACCUCGGACGCAGACGACACGGGCGACGAAUGCUACGGCUCUCUGCCCCCCGAGCCUCGCUUCGGGAACGUCGAGUAUAAGCUGCAGCUGGUCUCGCCCUGCGAGAGAAGGUUCCAGCAUUUGGUCACGCAGUUAAAAUGGCGCCUCCGGUCCGGCGGGGGCACCGCGGUCUACGUGAUAGGAGUGCGAGACUGCGGAGCCCUAAGAGGUCUUAGGGCGAACGGGCUUAGGGCGUCCUUACGCGCGCUGAGGAGGAUGGCGAAUGCGAUCGGCGCCGUCUUAGUAUCGGUGCGAGCGAGACGGGUAGCGUCGAAUAGGGCCGUCGCUGAGGUCUAUAUACGGAAGAUGGCUGACACGCAACAAAGCGUAGAGUUGAGGAUAGCCGUGAUGGGGGCGAACGAGGCCGGCAAAUCUACGCUCAUUGGUGUUUUGACUCAAGGUGAACUGGACAACGGCAGAGGCAGUGCUCGUCUGAAUAUGUUCAGACAUUUGCACGAGGUGAAAAGUGGUCGGACUUCCUCCCUCAGCCACGAGAUACUCGGGUUCGAUGCCCAGGGUAACGUAGUGAACUACGGCUGUUCGGAGUUGAUGACGGCGGAGCGUAUCGGCGAAAGGAGCGCCAAGCUGGUCUCCUUCCUGGACCUGGCAGGGCACAGCAAGUAUCAGAGGACAACAGUCCACGGCCUGACGGGGUACUGUCCGCACUACGCGAUGGUCGUGAUAUCCGCCACCGCGGGCAUAACCAGCAUAACGGAGGAGCACAUUGGGCUACUCCUGGCCCUGGAUAUGCCGUUCUUCGCCGUUAUCAGCAAGUGUGAGUUGGCCAGCGCGGCUGUGCCGACGCUCGUCCGUCAGCUCCAAGCGCUGGUGGCUAGCGCUAACAAGAAAACCCUCCUAAUAACGGACGAGAAUUUGGCGCGAAACUGCGUCGUACCACAGAAAUCUAUUCUCGAUGCCAUAGACGAGACGGACCAGAGACAAGAUGAGGAAGAAGUAGAACAGAUCCCAGUAUUCCCAGUGAGCUGCGUACGCGGCGUAGGCCUCAACGCCCUCCAUGCUUAUUUGCUGGCCCUGCGCCCGCCGCCAGGGCCGUCCCAACCCAGCGCGGUGGAUGCUGAGAGCUGUGAGUUUCAAAUCGACGAAAUCUUUCACGUGGGGGAUUCGACGGGCCCAGUGGUGGGGGGGCUAGUCACUAGGGGACAAGUUUUCGAGGGAAACAACUUGAUUAUCGGCCCACUAGACACCGGUGAGUUCGUCGAGAUAUCAGUGAAAACAAUAUACAGGAACCGGGUGCCGUGCGGCUCGGCGCGCGCGGGGCAAUCGGCGUCCCUCGGGUUGAGCCAUCAGCCACCGAACCUGCGACCCGGUAUGGUACUACUCACUAAGCCGGGGCAGUAUCGCGCCGGCCCACGCCCAGUGUGGGGAUGCGCCGAUGGAUGUUCGACGCGUAUGAUGGCGCACUGCAUCCCGAAAACUCAAAACAACGAGCGAAAUCGUAAGAACGUCCGCAGAAAAAACAAUUUUGACGCGGAAAUUGCUAACGCGCAGAAAAUCCUCGCCAAGAACAUACAAUUCGACAAGAACAUCAACACGACUGACGCUGACGUAGACGACAAUGUCAAGUUGAGAAGCGUCAACGGGUUUAGUGACGAAUUGACAGAUGACAGAGUGUCACUGAAAAAUGACAAGGGCGUGGACAAAACUCAAGUCUAUGAAAGUAUGAAAGAUAAAUCAUCGCUUAUCUACGGUAAUGUAUUAGAUACAAUAUCAGCGAAUGACAUUACAUCGGUUGACAAGACCGAACUCAAUGACAAAUUGGACGACGUCAAUGGGUGUGAGUGCGCAGAUCGCGUGUGGCUAGAAGACCCGAACGACCCGAGAGGCUGUAUUUAUUUCCAGGCCAACGUGCACGUGAUUCGCCACUCGACAGCCAUCUAUCCCGGGUUCCAGUGCUCCGUGCACGUCGGGAAUGUUCGACAGACGGCCACUAUUGAGGGAAUCCUUGCGCCAAACAGCGUGGUUCGAGCCGGUGAGAGCGCCCCCGUAGUGUUCCGUUUCGCCCGAUGCCCGGAGUAUCUCGUCCCUGGGCGCCGUUUACUGUUCACCGCUGGGCUCGGGACCAGGGCCACAGGGAGAAUUACGCAGACCUUCCCGUACAUACCUUGA